UGAUGUCUGCUUUUUUUCCAGGCUGCGAUUAAAACAAAAUAUUACUUCGAGAGACGGAACGUUUCAUCGCGACGCGAAGCAAACAGCACAACCAGAAUUUCCGCAAUUAUUUGUCAACAUGCCGAUUGUGGGAGUUGAAUCAACGUCGGCGGGUAGUGCAAAUAUUCCGCCCAACAAAAGCAUCAAUGGAGUCAGUAGAGUCACCAUAGAAGACGUUUCUUUGCCUGAAUUCAGCAAAGAUGCCAUACUUCAGAUGCCGGAACUGAAUCUGAGUGACAAAGAAAAAGAAUCCAAAAUUCGAGAAUGGAUGAAAUCCAUUUUCCUGACGGACGAAGACGUUGAAUUGAUCCGAAAGGCGUUUUUGGAGGAAAUUGAAAGAGGUCUGGAGAAAACUCCGGAACAGAAGUCGUCCUUGCAAAUGGAGAAUACUUUCCUUCCUGAACUUCCGGACGGAACUGACGAGUUCGGAAACGCUGUCACAGAAAAGGAUGGUGUGUAUUUGGCACUGGACCUCGGAGGAACCAAUUUCCGCGUGAUUUUGCUUCGCAUGCGAAAAGGAGAAAUUAUUGCACAAAAAGUGGACUAUUUCCACGUGCCGGAAGCUGUUCGACUCGGAAGUGGGGAACAGUUGUUCGACUUCCUGGCAGCAUGCAUUGAGGAAUUCGUGGUGGCCGAGAAAGUCAGCCAAGAAAUCCUUCCACUGGGCUUCUGCUUUUCUUUUCCGAUGCAUCAUGCUGGACUGAACAUUGGGAUUUUGGCGUCGUGGACCAAGUCAUUUAAUUGCUCUGGAGUCAUCGGGAAAGAUGUCGUCAAGAUGCUCAACACAGCGUUGCACAAGAAAAACAUCCACGUUGACGUCAUUGCUGUUUUGAAUGACACCACUGGCACUUUGGUCGCUGGAGCACAAAAGGACCACGAUUGUGCCAUCGGAUUGAUCAUGGGAACCGGUUGUAACGCGUGCUAUUUGGAGAAGGUCAGCAGAAUCGGUAAAUGGGAAGGUCCACAUUACGACGAGAACGAGGUUGUUGUGGACAUCGAAUGGGGAGCAUUCGGCGACAACGGUUGCAUCGAAUUUCUCAAGACAAAAUUUGACAAAGAAGUUGACAAGCAAUCUUUGCUCGCCGGCACAUUCACAUUCGAGAAGUACAUCUCAGGCAAAUACAUCGGAGAAAUAGUUCGUCAUGUGAUGAUCGACUUGGCAGAAGAAGGUCCUUUCUUCGGAAAUCACGCGUCUGAGCGUCUUCUACAGUUCGGUUCCUUCACAGCGAAACACGUUUCAACCAUUGAAGGGGAGACUUUGUCUGGGGGAACGGAUAAAAUUCGAGAAGUGAUGAGUGAAAUGGACCUGAUUUAUGACAAGGACGAUUUGCGGGCUUUGCAGUACAUUUGCGCUGUUGUGUCUCUCAGAGCUGCUCAACUGGUUGCUAUUUGUGUGGGAUACUUGCUGACAAGGAUGAACAAGCCAACAGCAACAAUUGCUGUGGAUGGAUCAUUGUACAAGAACCACCCAAGGCUGAAGGGACUUAUGGAUCAUUACACAGCAGUUUAUGCACCUGGUUGCAAGUUUCAAUACAUGCUGGCUCUGGAUGGAAGUGGAAAGGGUGCUGGGAUGGUGGCAGCCAUUGCAAAAAGACUCACAGAGAAAAGGACAAAGAGUGAAUCUGAUCCCAACUGAGAACUUUUUGCUAAACUUUCUUUGCAAUACUGUAUGUAGAAAUGGAUCUUCUUGAGAAUAAUUGCAGUGUUUUUCAUGUAUGAUUCCUUUCCUCACUCGAAAAAAAAAUCGGAAUUACUAUACAAGAGAGUAAAGGGGAACUGGUUUUAUCUUUGAAAAUAGAUAA